AUGUAAUUCAUUAUUAUACCAACUAGACUAUAGGAGGGUUAUCGUUUCCCUUAUUCCUCAUGCUAUGAUCGAGCAUAUGCGCCAUCAGGUCUUCCCCGCCUUUCGCACCAACUGAACCCGAUCUUAAAACCAGCGAGCAGCCGCAGACAGAUCAUCAGUUUAUGCGAAGGGACAGGACUGACACACACUCGAGCUCUGCAGGAACAGCGUCUGUGCGCAGGGAAACUGAGCUCAUCUAACAGUCUUGGCGAAGUUAAUCAGUUCUUUAUUUGCCUCUGAAGCUUCUCUCCUCUUGACCAUUGAGAUUAGGAUGAAAAGGUGAAAGUUGCAUUUUGUAAAUCAGUGGCUCUAACCUGCGCUAAUCUGGACCACUGACCUAAACGGACACGCGGUUGGAAGUCUGAAAGCACAACCCAGGAAACGGACUUCAGCUGGAAGGAUGAAUGUAGUUUGGAUAUUUUUCAUAUUCAUUGAGGAGGGAUUUGCUUUGACACAAAAGACUAAAGCAGGAUCAAAAGGAGUUAAACCUUCUCAUCACUGUGGAAGCUGGGUACGAAACGCAGAUGGCGGCACCUUCAGCUCCCCGAACUACCCAAACAUGUACCCUCGCAGCCAGGAGUGCCUGUAUGUACUGGAAGCGCUUCCCCGCCAGAGAAUAGAGCUGUUGUUUGAUACCACCUUCUACAUCGAGGCAUCAUUUGAGUGUCGUUUCGACCACAUCGAGGUGCGAGAUGGACCUUUCAGUGUCUCGCCACUCAUCAAUCGUUUCUGUGGCUCGGUUAGUCCUGGACUCGUCCUCUCCAGUGGACGCUUCAUGUGGAUCCGCUUCUUCAGUGAUGAAGAGCUAGAGGGGAUUGGCUUCAAGGUCCAGUACAGCUUUAUUGCAGACCCUGAAUUUCAUCUGCAUGUGGGAGGACUUUUAAACCCCAUCCCAGACUGUCAGUUUGAGCUGUCUGGGGCUGACGGCCUGAUUCGCUCUAGUCAGGUGGAGGAAGAGUACAAACUGAGGUCAGACCAAGCAGUGGACUGCAUCUGGACUAUACGAGCCCCAGCAGACAGCAGGAUCUAUCUGCGGUUCUUGGAAUACCAGAUGGAAAACUCAAAUGAAUGUAAGAAGAACUUUGUGGCUGUUUAUGAUGGCAGUAGUGCCAUUGAGAACCUAAAGGCUAAGUUUUGUAGUACAGUAGCUAAUGACCUCCUGCUAGACACUGGUGUCGGAGUGGUGAGGAUGUGGGCCGAUGAGACAAGCCGUCUCAGCCGUUUUCGGAUGCUGUUCACUUCUUUUUCUGAUCCACCCUGUAUAGGCAGUGCCUUCUAUUGCCACAGUAACAUGUGCAUCAACACUUCUCUGGUGUGCAACGGUAUACAAAACUGUGUUUUUCCUUGGGAUGAAAGCGACUGCAAAGAGACUAUGAGCAAGGCUGUUUUUCACACAAUUACAAAGACGCAAGGUACAGUAAUCUGUGCGUCUACAGGAGUCGUGCUGCUGCUCCUUAUUGUCUCCAUCCUGGUGCAAGUCAAACAGCCAAGAAAAAAGGUUUUGAUACGUAAGAAUAACUUGUUUCACCGAGACAACUCCCAGGAGGUGCCUGACCCUCCGCACUAUGAGCUCUUUACUCUCCGAGAUAAGGAGAUAUCUGGGGACCUUGGGGCAUUAUCAGAUGAACUGCAGUCCCUGCAGGCACUCAGGAGAUCCUCAUCAGGCUCACGCUGCAUUCAUGAACACCACUGUGGCUCUCAGGCCUCUAUCAAAGCCGUUCAGGCUGCACAUGACCUCGGCAGGAGAUCCAUUGAGCUUCUCCCUUUAAGAGGAGACUUCAAGAGCACCUUAACCCCCUUCAGGGAAUUGAACAGCAGUGUGCGUAAGAAGAGCUGGCCUAGUGUGAAGCCAGGCCGAAUGCAGAGCCAUCACAGUAUGGGGGGCAGAGCACUGGGGCGGCAGGAUAGAGUAAUGGAGGAAGAAGAAGAGGCCCAGGAGGAGGAUGGAAAGCAUGACGUGUAUGUGUGCAGAGCAGGAAGCCAAAGAGGGAACUAUGAAAUGGCCCAGCAAAGGUCCUUGUCCAUGGACUUCUGAAAAGAAGGCAUGGUAAAUGAUACAGCAACAAGUUUUCAAUCAAUGCCACAAUUUGGGGGCAGAACUCACCUUUACAGGACAGAGGAAUAAGAACGCCAUGUCUCACUCAAGACAUGUCUCACCUAAAUAAAAAUGAUAAAGAAGAGGACCAGCAGUGCUACAAGAACUUUUAGAAAUUAAAAUACUGCUUUGACACUGAAACAACUGACAGGAAACUCUUAUUGCAUCAGUGUGAAAAUCAGUUUUAAGAUCAGAGGCAAAAUUACCAUCAACAAUUGAGCAGUCACUCUUCUUCCCCGGAGGGAAGUGUGUGUUUAUUAGAAACCUUCUAAAGGGUGUGUCACACCAGCAUGUUGCUUGAAAUACCCCAUGUAAAACUGGCUGCCAAGUAUGGUGGUUUAUAAUUCAGUUAUGUAAUCACCAAAAUUUGGUUUAAUUUUCUUUCUGACAGUAGACACAGGUUGAAUAUUUGAUUAAUAUGUAUUGACUUUUCUCAUAAGAGGACCCAGCCCACACUGGAUUAUAGGUAAUUGUUUAUUAUCCAGGAUACUAUUCAGAAGUUAAACAUUUGGGAAGAGAUUAGAUUGCGGUGUGCUUUUGUAGGCUUUUGUCAUUAUAAUAUAGGACUCCAAAUUAUCAUGUACACUUUUGUUAGAUGGUUUUGACAAACUCUUUUUAACACAUUGUGUCCCAGUGAUGUUGACAAUAAAGAUCAGAAAAUGGGUAAAAUUGCGAUUAUUAUUUUUUUUCUCCCAGUUUAGUCAGCUAUCCGUAAGGUUUAUUCAUCAUGUUCAGAAGGUUCACUGAACAACCAA